CUCUCUCUCUCUCUCUCUUUCUCUCUCGGCAGUCGCUGAGUCGCCCCCCAGUCUCUAUCCGCACAGAGAAAGAGAGAGAGAGAGAGAGAGCAGUCGCCAGUCAGCAGAGCAUCAGUAGCACAGGCCACAGCUAAGAGCUAAGCAUCGAGAAGCGGCUAGAGUCCGCGGCUACGAGCUGGAGCGAUGUCGGACUACCUCAAGUCGGCGUUCGGAUACCUGAACGGGGCCGGCGGUGCUGCUGGCUCCGGUGGCAACGACUACGUCGGCCAGGUCAUCGAGAUCAGCGGCGUCAAGCUCCGCGUCAACCGACUCAUCGCCGAGGGUGGCUGGGCCUUGGUGUUUGGAGUCGAAGACGUAUCUACAGGAAAGGAGUACGCUUUAAAGCGUAUGAUAGCGGUUGAUGAAGAAGCUAGAAAAACAAUACUCCAGGAGAUAGAAACUUUGAAAUCCCUGACCAACCAUCCAAAUAUUAUACAAUUUUUAUGUGUGCAGCAAGUCAAUAGGGAAGGAAGCAAAGGAACCGAGUAUCUUUUAGUCACAGAGUUAUGUGCAGGUGGAACUGUUGCUGAUAUUUUAAGAAGCAUCCCUGCUAACUCACUCAGCGUAGCCCAAAUAUGCAGAAUAGCUUACCAAGCGACAAAGGCUGUGCACCACAUGCACAACCAGCAGCCACAGCCCUUCAUCCAUAGGGAUAUAAAAUUGGAGAAUUUUCUUGUUGGAAGUGAUGGAUUGAUCAAAUUGUGUGAUUUUGGUAGCACCACAGUGCAACAAAUUUUACCUGAUACCUCUUGGAAUGCCCAGAAGAGAGCACAACUGGAAGAUCACAUGGCAAAGUAUACGACUCCCAUGUACAGAGCCCCUGAAAUGAUGGAUACCUGGAACAACGAACCCAUUGGACCACCAGUCGAUUGCUGGGCACUUGGCUGUAUUCUUUAUUCGUUAGUCACACUGCGACAUCCUUUCCCAGAAGGAAACAAAUUAGCGAUAGUAAAUGGAAAGUAUCCUCCUCUACCGGCCCACCCUCGUCUCGGCUGUUUUCAUGAGAUGAUCAAAGGCUGCCUGCAAGUCUCACCGACGCAGCGACUAACGACCUCGGCACUUCUCGAGAGGUUGGCGGCCAUCGCCGAGUCGAACGGCUUCGAUCCGCGUGAGCCAGCAAAGGUCGAGGUCGCACCAGCAGCUGCUGUGGCACCUCCCAAACCACCACCGCCAACGAGACCAGCACCACCACCUCCCGCGACUGUCCCUGUCUCUGCUCAUGGAGGAGGACCUCCUCCGAGGCCGUCACCACCAGUUGGAGCAGCUGGAGCACCACCACCAAGACCUGCUCCUGUUCAUCCUCAUCAAGGUCUACCUCAUCAGAAACUGCCCGGUCAUCAAUCUUCAGGUUUAUUCAGUUCACUGAAGGGAGGUGCUGGUAGUCUCUUCCGUAACAUCAAGGAUACAUCCUCGAAAGUAAUGCAAACGGUACAGAAUAGCAUGGCCAGGACGGAGCUCGAUGCGAGCUACUUGACGUCGCGCAUCCUCGUAAUGCCUUAUCCAGCCGAUGGUAUCGAGUCGGCCUACCGAGCCAAUCACGUCGAGGACGUGCGAGCCUUCCUCCAAGCACGUCAUCCACCACCCACCAAAAUACAGUUUUACAAUCUGUCGCGCGGAAGGCCCAAUGUCGUCAGACUGAUAGGCCGACACAUUGACUGCGCCUUCGCCUACGCCUCAUCCGAGGCAAACGCCCCCCUGCUCUCAGCUAUAUAUCAGAUCUGUCAGGAUAUUUACCGGUAUCUCGAUGUCGACUUUCACCACGCCGUUGUAUUAUAUUGUAAUGAUGGUUUAAGGGCAAGUGCAGUGGUAGCCUGCGCCCUACUGUUGUAUGCGGGAGUGCUAAAGAGCGCCGAGGAGGCGAUUCAUAUGUUCACGACGAGACGUUGUCAGCCUCCGCAGUUGCAGCCUUCGGAGCUCCGGAUAAUCGAGUACAUGGCCUCGCUCGUCAACGGACGACUGCCGCACAUGAAACCUCUAGUCCUCAGGUCACUGCUCGUUCAGCCAGUGCCGCUCUUUACGAGAGCGAGGGAUGGCUGCAGACCUUACGUUGAGAUUUACAGUAACGGGGCUAUGGUCUUUUCGACAAAGCGCGCCGAGUACGAGGAGAUGAAGCUUUACGGCAUGAUGGAGGGCAAAGUGUGCCUGAUCCUGGGCGACGCGACGGUCCGAGGAGACAUCACGAUGGUCGUAUAUCACGCGCGCCAGCAACUAGGCAGAGUAAUAGGCAUCAAGAUCGCAGCGCUGCAUUUCCACACGGGCUACGUAUCCCUCACCGACAGCUGUCUCGUUUUCGAGAAGAAGGACCUCGACGACACGCCCGAGAUCGGGGGCAUGUUCAAGGUCACGGUAAACGCGAUGAUUGGCGAGGACUCGGCCAAGUUCACGAGGGCGCCGGCGCCCUGGGAGGCCGAGGACGAGCACACCGGAAAACUGCAGCCGGAUCCACUAUUUGGCUCGACGCUCGAGAUGGAAGAGACACUGGAGAACUUUAGGACUGUCAAUGGCAGUGAUGUUAGGAUUCCAAAGGAGACAAUACCGGGUCCAGAAGCCGAGCCAUUAGUCGACCAGAGCGGUACCAGUCCCUCGUUGUCCGACGAGCCGAUCAGGCCACCUCGCAGGCCAUCCGGUGAACCACCUCACAUCGCGCCUACAUCUCAUCCCGAGCCAUCGUUCGCCGAGGCGGAUCUCCUAAAUCUCGGCAUGCCGAGCAGCAAUACUCAAGCACCUUCGGCGAGUGCGAACCUUGAUAUCUUUGGCUCGAGCUCUAGUCAAGCCGAGGCGGCCUCGUCAGCCGGUAGUAAUAAUGAUCUCCUGGGCGGCUUUGGAGCUUUUACCUCAGCUGCGCCGCCUUCCACUCCCAUCGUCAACGAGCCCGCGACAAAUGAUUUGUUAUUCGGACAGACGAACGGCAAACCCGGGGACAUGGGUGACCUGCUGUUUGGUCAGAGUGGACAGUCGGCACCCAGGCCUACGCCCACAACCGAUGAUUUAUUCGAUCCAUUUGGAAGCGCCGGCAAGGAUAAUUUCUUAGGUAAUUGGACUCAGCCAAGCGCACAGGCGAAGACACCGAGCGGUGAGGAAGGUUUCCCGCGCAACUCUAGUGUGCCGAACUUUGCAGCUCAAAAGCAAGACCCGUUUGCGAAUUUAGCCGGAGCCAUGGGGGCCGGCUUGACGUCCAGUUGGAACGGCACGCCCAGAGAAUCGAACACUCCGCAGUCUGCGAGUCCAGCGGCGGCAGGUACGCCGGUGCACUCAAGUCCAAGGAUGCACAAACCUGUGACACCGGUGAACGAAACGACGACUGGCUCAUCAGUAGCUCAAGAAAAGACAGCAAAGUCAGGUGAUGCAUUCGAGGAUCUGCUAGGUAGUCAGGGCUACAACUUCUUUAGCUCACGCAAGGCCGAGAAGGAUAGUCCGAAGACGAUAAACCAAAUGAGAAAGGUCGAGGCCGCGAAGUCGAUGGAUCCAGACAAGAUGAAGGUUACUGAAUGGACAGAAGGCAAAAAGGGUAAUCUCAGGGCGCUGCUCUGCUCCAUGCACACGAUACUUUGGGACGGUUGUAAAUGGCAGAAGUGCGAGAUGCACAUGCUCGUCUCGGCAGCGGAUGUCAAAAAAUCGUACAGAAAGGCCUGCCUAGCCGUGCAUCCAGACAAACAAGCCGGAACGGAGAAUGAAAAUAUGGCUAAACUAAUAUUCAUGGAGCUGAACAAUGCCUGGAGCACCUUUGAAAAUGAUGCAUCACAGCAAAAUUUGUUUAGCUAAUUACCAGCAAUCGUUACUUGUUCUAGAGUAUCACGAUUGAUAAUGCAAUUAUAUAAAUAUAUAUAAUGAAGAUAGAAACAAAGAAGAAGUGUGUCCCGUCGAGGAUCGUUUGUUGGCAGUCGCCGAUCGAUCAAAUCGACAUCAUCGUCGCUGUGUCGUCGUGCUGCCUGCAAGAUAAACGAAGAAACAAGAUAAAUCGAAAGAAGAAAUUAUCUCCUUUAUCGCAUUCCAUUCAAAUUGUGGUUACUAAAGUUAUGUUUAAAGCUCUUAAAUAGGAAUAUAGAAGAAAGAAAGAGCGAUGCACGAGGAGAGUGCUGCUGAUCGUUCCAUGAAGAGGCUCUUAGCGGUUCAUCUUACUACCUACUUUAUAGGUACUAGAGUCUUAAUGUGCAAUCCAUUUGAAUAAUUAUCCGUUAUUCCGACGCAACGAAAAAAAUUAAACGACGGUUCUGAGGUUUUUUUCUCAAUGCUUUCGUUGCAAUGCACAGAGAUUCUCUUGAGUUUUUUUUUCGUGAAUCCCGUUCGCCAUAAACUUUUACUUUAAAACUGAAAUGGUCUCAUUGAUUAGAAAUAUAGACUGUGGCUUUAUUUCGUUUUCUUCUAAAGUUUGGAAUUCUAAUAUUCAGCCAACACGCAUUUUUACAGACUCAAACUUUUUCAAAAACGGAACAGGCAAAAUACAUUCACAAGCAGUUAUUAGUCGAAAUCGGUGAGAAGGAUAUUUAGGUACUAGUUCGUCGGAAUAACAGUCGUGCAAUUACAGUUGUUAAAUAUCAUAUUAUCGAAAAAAAAACAAUGUGUCGGUAAAACAAGAUUUUCAGACUUCUGCUAAAUCUUUUUCUCUUCUCCAGUGGAGCCGUUGAGCUUAUAAAUAGUGUCCUCGCGCUUUAACAGAGUUAUACAUUAAUGCGUAAUAUGUAAAUAAGGCAGUGUAAAUUAUGACAGAAUCCUAAAAUAUAUAUAUGAGAAUAUUUUCUGUGCGAACGUUGCAAACAAUGUGUACAUUUGUUCCAUGCUCGAGCAUGUUCUUUAUUCGCAUUAUUUUAUCAAUGAUUAGUUUUUAUCAACCAUUUGUUUGUUAUAUAUAUAUAUUUCCCCACGUAUAACAUAUCAAUUAUAAUUUUAAUUUGUACUCAUUUUUAUCGUAGACAUAUCCUGUUCAUUCUCGAUUAUUAUUAUUUUAUAUACACUAUAAUACAAUUAUGAUUUGACUGAUCGUA